AUGCUGAUUACCUUACCUUUACCAGUAUUGCCUCACAUCAAGAGCAUCGAGACAUGCGAUCCCAUUCCCGAUGGAUAUUAUCCUCAACACCAUUGUAUUGCUGAACAAAUUGUGUACAACGAGACGCUCACCACUUAUGGAGACCACAGACCUCUUUGGCCAGUGUUUGGCGAAUAUAAGUUUGUUCCCAAACAGCGAUGGCUGCAUAAUAUCGAGCACGGGGCGAUUGUGAUGCUAUACCAUCCCUGUGCUAAUAAAGGAGAGACCGUUGGUAUUGUGAUGCUAUACCAUCCCUGUGCUAAUAAAGUAAUGGUCUCAAGACUACGAGCGCUGGUCACCAGUUGUAUCCGAAAGCAUAUCAUAACGCCGUAUAAUCUGAUGGAUAGGGAGAGACCGUUGGCACUGAUAGCGUGGGGCUGUCGACUGACCAUGAGUUCAGUCAAUAUAAACGAUGUCAUUUCGUUCAUUAAA